AUGACCCCGACCAGGUACAACAGUCUCGUGACGGGCCAGCGAGCUCAGGGCAUCAUCGCCAUCUGCUGGGUACUGUCCAUCGUCAUCGGCCUCACCCCCAUGAUGGGCUGGCACAUGUCUAAAGAAGGCCAACCCUUAUCACCCCCAGAACCCCCCUGUCCCCCCGAAUACAUGAACUGCCUCUUCGAAUCCGUGGUGAACAUGAGCUACAUGGUCUACUUCAACUUCUUCGGCUGCGUUUUGAUCCCGCUCCUGCUGAUGCUGGGGAUCUACCUUUGCAUUUUCAUGGCGGCGCGGCACCAGCUCAAACUGAUGGAACUCAAGGUCAUCCACGGCGAGAAAUCCCGCUCCACGCUGCAAAAGGAAGUCCAGGCUGCCAAAUCGCUGGCCAUAAUCGUGGGUCUGUUCGCGGUCUGCUGGCUUCCUUUACACAUAAUCAACUGCUUCACCUUAUUUUGCCCGGAUUGCACCCGCCCGCCUCUUUGGCUCCUGAACUUUGCCAUCCUCCUCUCGCACGGCAACUCUGUGAUCAACCCGUUCAUCUACGCGUACCGCAUCCGAGAGUUCCGGCGGACGUUUCACAAAAUCAUUCACCGUCACAUUCUGGGUAAAAAGGAGCAGAUUGAGAGCAGAGGCAACCACCGCAUGUCCAUUCACCACAGCAUCAGCGACUCGAUACGACUGAGGAGCAACGGGAUGAGCUUGGAGGAGUUUCCGCACCAGUAUCCACAUGGCGGUAAUGGGAACGGCUGCGAGUGUUCCUGUGAGCGCAGUGGCCCUGUGGCGCCACUAGGGGGAGGGCUGGUUUCCGUGGCGCACUCCUCUCUGUCCGUCAUCCUGUCUUCUCAUUGUCCGAAAGCUUUGUGUCCCAUGAAAAGUGUGUGUCCGAUCCCGAGGAGCCAGCAUAUAAAGCACACCGGGGAAAUGCACUGUCUGACCGAGCUGGAGGCUGGCUCAUUGUGA